AAUGUAAUAAAUCAUGCGCAUAUUGUGUUUGUAGCUUUUGUUCUUUUUCUGCAAGUUUUAUUAUUUUUAGGCGAAAGAUGUCGAAGAGCUGCAGAAAAUCGCAUCUGCCAUCGAUCGGGAAGAGGCGGAUGUUCUGUACAUUGUUGGCGGCAAUGGAACAUUGUCUAGGGUAUUGUCCAGUGUUCCCAAAAUUAGAAUGCAGUUGUACAGUUUUAGAUGGUGCUGUGAAAGCGCAAUAUCGAUUAUGCGCGGCAAGCUAAUGGAUCUGAACGUGAUGACAGCAAACGUGAAUAAACAGCUAUUUACCGUCGCUUUGCACCAUAUUUAUUCCGGCCCUUUCGUGGAUGCGGAGGUUCGCCGUAGAAAGUGGUGGUACUUGGGUCGUUUCAAAGAAAGGGUUGCUUGUCUGAUGUAUGCCCUGAAAAAGGAGCGACAUCCAAGUAGAAAGUUGAAGCUGAGUUAUGUGGAACCCUGCGAAGGGUGCUCUAAGUGUGUUCAGGUGCCCGUUGUUUCUAAAAUCCGCAGUCACUGGUGGAACAUGUUUGUUAAAACGCUAUAUUCACAGCCAAAACGUAAGUGGUUCUGA